AUGAUCAAAGAUGGGCUGAUAAUCCGGAAGCCUGUGACUGUCCAUUCCCGGGCUCGAUGCCGGAAAAAUACUUUGGCACGCUGCAAAUUUCGGCAUAUGGGCAUAGGUAAGCGCAAAGGUACUGCCAAUGCCAGAGAAGGUGGUUGGAUGAGGAGGAUGAGGAUUCUGCGCAGGCUGCUCAGGAGAUACCGGGAAUCUAAGAAGACUGACCGCCACAUGUAUCACAGCUUAUACCUAAAAGUGAAGGGAAAUGUGUUCAAAAAUAAGAGAAUCCUCAUGGAGCAUAUCCAUAAGCUGAAGGUAGACACGGCCAGCAAGAAAUUCCUGGCUGACCAGGCUGAGGCCCUCAGGUCCCAAGACCAAGGAAGCAUGCAAGUGCCGUGA